AUGGAUAAAUCAAUUCACGAUGCAUUAAAGGUUAUUAAUGAAAGUAUUUUAACAGAUGAAGAAAAAAACAAAUGCAGAAAUUUUUUAAAGAAUAAUAGAAAUGAAGCACCAUUUAUCGUUGAUGCUAAUAACAGAUCCAAAAACGAUGAGACUAUUUUAUCAGAUUUCCUAAGACAAAUGACAAUUGAAGAUAGUCAAAAACAAAAGAUGGGUUUUCAUGAACCAGAGCCACAUUAUAGAACAAAUAAUGGCCAAAGACCAGAUUUAAAAAGAGGUUCAAGUAUGACAAAUGAUAUAUAUCAACAUCCAGCGCAUCAGGAAGAAAAAGAUGGUGAGGUCAAUGUUUUCAAAAGUGACAGCGAUUUAAAUCCUUGGAUGACCUUUGAACCAGGGGUAGAUUGGUCUGUUUUAAAACAUAAUUUAAAACUUCAUUCUGGUUGGUUAAAAAAGAAAGGUGAUACAACAAAUCGUCGUGUUAAGGCACCAUUUCAGAGCGGUGACUACAGUUUGGUUGAUAUGAUAUCAAAAUUCAAAACAAUUAGAGUAUUUUAUAGUAGUAUUUUUAGCUUUUGGAAUUCUGAGCAAAAAAUUCAAUUGAAAUAUGGCGAUACCCAGGACGAUGUUAGAAAAAGAAUACAACAUGCUUUUAAAUUUGAACGUCGUCAUUUCUCUCUUUACCAUCUCCGCGAAAAGGGCACUAAGAACUAUAUAAAUAUGGAUUUUGAAGAUUUAGAUGAAACUAAACAAUAUGAAUUGGUAAUCCCAUGGUUAACAAAAUUUUCAAAACACAACAAAGAGGAACAAGGAUCAUCCUCAUCCUCAUCCUCAUCUUCGUCUUCAUCAUCACUAUCAUCGUCCACCAACAAUACAAAUCAAAAAACAAAGCCAACAACACCAACAGAAACAACAAAUGAUUAUUUAGCGAAAAAAGACAGAACCAAUACUCAAACAAUACCAACAACACCACCAAUCACAUCAAACCAACCAAUUAGCAAUGAUACCAAAGGGGAUAUCGAUUCAUCAAGUAGUGUUCAAAUUUAG